ACAGAGAAUCUGUCUGACCGGCCAACGCGGGGCGGUCCAGGUGAAGCGCCGGUUCAUAUUCCACGAAGAAGCAGCAAGCGCAUCAGCCGCACUUACAAUGGGCCUCGAAACAUAUCAGCUCCGCUGCCGUCUAUUCAGUCGUCCUCUGAGCUAGAAACGCCUCCGCGUGAGCAGGCAAUAGCAGACCGCGACCUUCUCCCCUCGGCGCGGGCGCAAAGGCCAGAGAACACAAGUAUGAACCCGUCUAGUUUCACGCCGCAGAAUGUCAACAACAUCAAUGCUCUUCCAACGCCGCCUCCCAACCAGAGGUACCCGACGCCGCAAUCUAUGGAAUCAGCUCGUGCGCAGUCGCCUUCAAUUGCGGAACUGACUCCCACAGCGCUGAGAAUCAUUAAGAGGAAACCAGCGCAAAACCAUCACGCCGAGCCAGCACCACCCGCUAACCCAUCAGAUUCAAGUCCGGCUUACAUAAAUCCUCCUCCCCGGAGAGCCUCGGCUGCUGCCGCUACUACUACUACUACCAGUACUGGACCUUAUGAAACAGCGCCUCAGCGCACCAAUGUCGGCGAAACGUGGACGCAACCCCCUUCGCGUUUCAGUGUCACGACCUAUGCUACUUCAAAUGCAGGCACUCCCCAGCAGCCUUCUGAAGGACAAAUGCCUACAAUGACAAACUCUACCGUCCCUGUCGUGACCCGUCCAGGCCCGUUUUCGAAGCGGGAAAUUCAUAAUGUUCCUUCUGCCAGCCACACAAUAACGAUGCCUAAGCAAAGGGCGCAAAUGUCCAGCCCAUACGGCGCUGGCAACCAAAUUGCGGUCUCGAGCGAGACAUCUCUCAGCGGGCCUGCCCCUCACGGCCGGACCGUCAGCAACAUGGAAUCAUCGCGUCGCAGUUCCAUAAUGUCAAUGUCCAAGCCACUCCCUCCGGCGCCGCCAGAACUAGCAUCCUCGCCUAAUGAUAGAAUCGCGCAACUAAGUGCUGUUCUGUCGGGAUUGGCUCGCCGCAAGAUCAACAUUAGCAAGAGCAUCCAGCAGAUGACGGAGCUGAUGCCUCGAGAUAACCUGAUGGCCAGCGAGGAGGUGCUUCGAAAGAGGGAGGUUGAGAAACAGAAGAUACAAGGGCUGAAGCAAGAGCUGGCUGAGAUCCAGCAUGAAGAGUACGACUUGGGCUUGAAGUUACACAGAGCGUACAAGCGCCAAGAAAAGGAUGCAGAAUACGAACCAACCACGUUGUGGGUUCGCAGAAUUACUACCAAUUAAACGGUGUCGUUGUUAUGUACUGGCUGGUCUGGCGAUGAACAUUUUCCCUUUUUGUUCUUUUCUAUUCUUUCUAUUCUUUUUUUUUCUUUCUGGUCAAAGAUAUCAAAUCAUGUAUGAGUAGGUAUAAAUGGUAAAAGGGACAGCAUCUAGCGCAACUUGGAGGUGGUCAAUUUAUGAGAUUGCUUAUAUCUUUAUGAAAACAAAUUCGAUUUACUUUCCUA